AAAAUAAAAUCUUUAAAAAAAAAAAGACUCCAGUCUUAAGUAUGUAUUGUGCUUGAAUAGAGUAUCUGACAGUCUGUUAAAUCAAACUAAUAAGCACAAUAGACACACCCAUAUCUCCUCUAUUUUUAAGCAAAGUGACUGAAUUCAUUCUAUUUGCUAUUUUGUAUUUUUGAUAACAAGAUGCUGUCCUCUGCUGUUUGCUAAAGAUUACACCAGGUAGCGUCACCAGCACACAGUGAAAUAGUAUGACAGUUUUGUUUCAUCACCCAAAUGUCUACAAAUCAGGAAAGGAAAACACACAGCAUCCUGUGUGUCCAGACAGACCUGCCAUGUCAGCACUGUGCCCCUCUGGUCCCAAGUCAUCUCAUUUUAAUAGCAUUUGUCCUGUCCAUCCUUUUGGUAACCAGAUGGGCUACCUGGAAGUGUGACAAUGUGACCAAUCCGUUACUCACCGGACAAUUAUUUCCUCUAAAAGAGUUUUCAUAAAGAACUUUACUUGAACACAUGUCCUGCCAUUGUUGACAGUACCUGGCAACUUCUACAGAAUGAAUAUCUAUAUUUAUGUCUUUAUUUAACAAUUUAGUUUGCAUGUUUAUUUGUAUGAGAGUUAGCUUGUUUACUUAUUACAAUUCUCUUUGAGUAAGGUCAUUCAGUGACAAAUGCAACAAUGCCAUUCCUCCGUUGGGUUAGGAAUUCACCUCUGGGAUUCAGGGCUGAUAAUGACAGCCUGCAUGCUCAUAACUGUCUUAAAUGGGUUUUCCACGUUCUCCAAACUGAGACCUGUAGCAAACCUGGAAGAAUUGGAAUUGAGUAGAUCUGGAUUCAAAACUUGUCUGUGUCAUUUACCAAAUAUGUGAUGUUAGCUUCACUCUCCCCAUCUUUAAAAUCUCUGAGGGGGGUUUUUUAGGUUUUAAAUAAGGUGGUGUAUAUGAGAAGUCAGCAAAAGACCACGCCGUAUGGAUGCCCAAUAAUCACUGAGUCUGAAUCAGGAAAGAAAGCCAAAUGACUAAUUCAAGGUUGUACAGUGUGAAAGGGUAGCUGAUGUGGGAAAAGAAAUUGUGGCUGCUGAAUGGGAAUGUAAGCAAGAAUGGAAGCCUUUCCUUUUUUCUUUUGGCUAAAUAGCACUGAUCCUCCCCUGCUGCUUUGUUUGAUAGAUUAAUUCAUUCUGAAAGGCUUUAAAGAUGUCUGGUAGGUAGCUAAUAAUCAGCUUUGAAAAACAAAUCAUUGGCCUUUCCCUGGCUGUCAAAGUUCCUAAAAAGAAAAUUUUCAUUUCAAAUGGCUUCUAGCUUGCUUCCGAACCAGAGGGUGGACUCCUUUGAAGCUAUCUAGAGCAGCUAGUGAGUGCACUUUUUAAUGGUUUAUUAGUUGAUAAACUGUAAUUGGCAUAUAAGGCUAAGAGCUUCAAAAGACCAAUUAAAGUUAUAGUCAACUGCCUACCAGUGUUCUGAAGCAAUCAGUACAGCAUUUAUUUAUAAAUAGCAGCAAUAGCAUUACCCCUCAACAAGUUCACAUUUUGAUGCAAUUCAUAACUACAUCAAAGCUCUCCCCCAAAUGGAGAAAUUAUAAUAAAUCACAAUCCAUGUGUAAGGAAGGACCUUUCCUCUUGCAGGUGCUGACAUCUGAAAUACAUAUUAAAGGAUGUGCUUAGUACCCAAAGAAAUGUAAAGAUGUAAUUUUUUAAAAAAAUUUUAACUCUAGAUUAGGAAAUGUCCAUGUACUAUAAAAAGAACAGGAAGGAAAAGAAGUGAACGUUUGGCGUGAACUUGAAUAUGCCUCUAUGUUCCCUUAGUCAAAACUUUCUCCUUUUUUGUCAAAUACUGCUUUUUAUUAUGAUUUGUAACAUAAAAACUCAAAUCUCAAGUAUAUCUUGUGCUUGAAUAGAGUAGCCUACAGCCUAUGUAAAAUUGUUUUUAAACCAAGUCCAUAUUCUGAUAUCCCAAAAGUAAGGAAAGUCAGCACACAGAUUAAUUAUGCAGCUUAAAACAGAGAAUUAUAUAUUUGCCUUUCUCCCCCAACAUAUAUAAUCUUUUAUUGUUUGAAUUAUCACUCCUCAUUUUAUCCAUUUCCUAUCUCCAGGUCACAUACCUGAAUGACAUAAAAUGAGUAACCAUCGCUUACAGAAAGGGCCUUAUGACAAUUAUACAGUGGAGAAAGAAACUCACAUAAAUAUAUUACUAAUAUUAUUUUAUGGGCCCCUCCAUCUUUCUAAGAAAACCCAGUGAAGCUGAAAUGUGUAACCCGCCCCCCCCGGAACAUGAGUUGAUGGAAAAGCCCACAACCAGGAGCGAGGAAUGUUGGAAUUGAGUUGUCAAACCGUCCUGAUGUCUUGUACAAACCGAACAGGCCAAUUUACUGCUACACUGCAUAGGCUGAAGGCUCCUAUCUCUCCUUUUCAGUGCUUCCUCCUAGUGAGAUGGUCCUGCUGGACCGCAGGCUCCCUCCUUAGCAGCUUUUCAGCUCCUCUUAGAUUUUUUCUAUCAGCCUAUCCUAGGUAACAGCACCGUGUUAAUCCUUACUUUGUGACCAGCGUGCUUGACUAGGGAGGGGAGAGGCUCUUGCCCAGCAAUCUGAAAGCAGCAGCUUUCUGUAUUCGGUGAUAUUUUGAAUCCUAGUGGUGAUUUGAUUUCCACGUGUUCCCCUUUGUAGUUCCAACUCCUGGCUUUCAGGAGGAAAACAGGCAAGCUUUUAGAAAAAAUUGACAACUUCUCCCACACAACCCCUGAGUUUCUUUGCCUAUUACUAAUCUCUGAGCGUGGGGGCUGCUUUGAAACUCAGCUGUUCUGGUUCUACCCUCCAGGUGGCAGCGGUGCCACACCACACCGCAGAGGCUCCGCUCCCCUCUUCCCUGACUUCAAGUGUUAAUGCAAUUGACCAAUCAGUGCUAAGAUGAUGGGAGGUAAUUGGGUAAUUGUAUUUCACUGAUCACAAGCAGAGAAAGGGAAAGGAAUAGGGGAAAGAAAGAGGGGCAGAGGAGGAAAGGGGACUGCAGUCCGAGAGGAGAUUUUUGGAGCCAGCACCCCAAACGUCGGGACGUGGCAUUAGCCGAGAGAAAGCUUAGCCUGCCAAGGUCUGCUGCCGGCACACGGAGCGCAUUUAUUUAUUGGAGGGGAAAGGAGGGGAGAGAGGAGCGGGAGGGGGAGGAAGAGAGUUAAAGCCUAAGUCGAUGGAAGGGGACCGGGGUUUCUGCCGCGCAGGGACCCCUGAGCCAGGGCGAUGGCGCUAAGGACGGCGCGGAGCAGCUGCGCUCCCGGGAACGCGUCUCCUCGCAGAGGACCAGCCGCCGUCGGGAAGAUCUACGCGGAGAGGAACCAACUUGUGGCUCCAAAAUGUACCCGACGCAGCUGGAAAUGAGAUCAAAGCUGCAGUUUCAUUUGAGGAGGAUGAGAGGAGCCAGCGAAUAGGAAUUUUUUUUUUUUUUUUUUUUGGUAUCUCCUUGUUCCAUUUUCUAUUUUCUUCCUCAUUGCUAUUAUUUUUUAAUUUGCCUACCACCCGGUCGGUCCCCUCACUUCGCCCUCCCCAUUUAAAAUAAAAGCCCAGUUUGAACUUCUUUCGCCGCGGCGUCCCCGCAUCCGCUGCCCGCUGAUGGAGGAGAAGGGGACCUGGGGGCUGGCAGGGGCCACCAGCGAGGGACCGCGUCACGCGUCUCCCCCGUGAUCCCGGCCCUGAUCGCCGAGUCCUGCAACACCUGGAGGAUCUGGACUGGGUGCCGGGGGUGGGGGCGGGGACAGAGGAAGCGAAAGCCACCCUGAGCCUUAGGAAAAAAAAGAGGAAAAAAGUAGCGGGGGGAGGAAUGGGUUUCUUCUUGACAGCUGACGGAGCCUUGAAAUUUUCCUCCACUACCCCCGCCCCCGCCCCCCGCACUCCAUUUAACGUGAGAUUAUGAAAUUGCAGAGGCGGUGUGGGGAAGGAGACAGGAUAUAGCAGGGAGUUUGGAGGGAGAGGGGAACGUGGCUGGCCGGGUAGCUGAAAUCAAAAAUCCAAUUGCGCACUGGGUUGUGAUGAGAAAUCUAAUCAGAUCUUUGGAAAAGGGGCCGGCCGGAAGGGUGGCGAGUAGGGGGAGUUGAUCCCGAAAUUCUGUGACGGGGGGUGGGGGGCUAGGGAGAGGAAUCGACGAUGUAAAAGGAGACUUUUUUUGGUGGCAGUGGCGGUUGGGUGCCUUGCAAAAAUGAAGGAUGCAGGACGCAGCUCUCUCUUGGAACCGAACGCAGUGGAUAAACUGAUCGUGCAAGAGAGAAGGAAGAACGAAGCUUUUUCUUCUGAGACCUGGAUCUUAACACAAAUGUGUAUAUGUGCACACAGCGAGCGUUGAAAAAUGAAAUAAACCAGUGUCAGACCCGCGGGGGUUGGUGUGUUCUGACAUAAAUAAAUAAUAAUCAGACAGCUGCCCCCCUCCCCCCAAAGGAUGAUUGGAAAUGGAGAACCGAGGAUCCACAAAGAAAAAGUAUGUUCAUUUUUCUCUCUAAAGGAGAAAGUGAGCCAAGGAGAUAUUUUUGCAAUGAAAAGUUUGGGGCUUUUUUAGGAAAGUAAAGACCUGAUAUGCUGCUGUUUUCUUUUCUUUUUGAAUUUCCCACAAGAGGAGAGGAAAUUAAUAAUACAUCUGCAAAGAAAUUUCGGAGAAGAAAAGUUAACCGCGGCGGAAUGAGGCAUUGAUUGGGGGAGAGAAACCAGCAGAGCACAGUUGGAUUUGUGCCUAUGUUGACUAGAAUUGACGGAUAAUUGCAGUUGGAUUUUUCUUCAUCAACCUUCUUUUUUUCCUUUUUUUUUUUUUUUCCUUUUGGUGUCAAGAUCAUGCGUUUUUGCUUGUUCUUAAUCACCUGGAUUGCCAUCUGGAUGUUGCUGUGAUCAGUCUGAAAUACAACCCCUGCCUUCUUUGCACCGCCUCCCCCUGGCUAGUCUACUGUGGAGCCGUUUUUGUUGGAGUCAACCAGGUACCCUCGGAGGAAGGCUGCCCAGACUAUUUGAACUCCUGAAGGACCAACACCAGAUAAAUUAUGAAUGUUGAACAAGAUGACCUUACAUCCACAGCAGAUAAUGAUAGGUCCUAGGUUUAACAGGGCCUUAUUUGACCCCCUGCUUGUGGUGCUGCUGGCUCUUCAACUUCUUGUGGUGGCUGGUCUGGUGCGGGCUCAAACCUGCCCUUCCGUCUGCUCCUGCAGCAACCAGUUCAGCAAGGUGAUCUGCGUUCGGAAAAACCUCCGCGAGGUUCCGGAUGGCAUCUCCACCAACACUCGGCUGCUGAACCUCCAUGAGAACCAAAUCCAGAUCAUCAAAGUGAACAGCUUCAAGCACUUGAGGCACCUGGAAAUCCUACAGUUGAGUAGGAAUCAUAUUAGAACAAUUGAAAUUGGGGCCUUCAAUGGUCUGGCGAACCUCAACACUCUGGAACUCUUUGACAAUCGUCUUACUACCAUCCCGAAUGGAGCUUUUGUAUACUUGUCUAAACUGAAGGAGCUCUGGUUGCGAAACAACCCCAUUGAAAGCAUCCCUUCUUAUGCUUUUAACAGAAUCCCUUCUUUGCGCCGACUAGACUUAGGGGAAUUGAAAAGGCUUUCAUACAUCUCAGAAGGUGCCUUUGAAGGUCUGUCCAACUUGAGAUAUUUGAACCUUGCCAUGUGCAACCUCCGGGAAAUCCCUAAUCUUACGCCGCUCGUAAAACUCGAUGAGCUGGAUCUUUCUGGGAAUCAUUUGUCUGCCAUCAGGCCUGGCUCUUUCCAGGGACUGAUGCACCUUCAAAAACUGUGGAUGAUACAGUCUCAGAUUCAAGUGAUUGAACGGAAUGCCUUUGAUAACCUUCAGUCUCUCGUGGAGAUAAACCUGGCACACAACAAUCUAACAUUACUGCCUCAUGACCUCUUCACACCCUUGCAUCAUCUAGAGAGGAUACACUUACAUCACAACCCUUGGAACUGCAAUUGUGACAUACUGUGGCUCAGCUGGUGGAUAAAAGACAUGGCCCCCUCCAACACAGCUUGUUGUGCCCGAUGUAACACUCCUCCCAAUCUGAAAGGGAGGUACAUAGGGGAGCUUGACCAGAAUUAUUUCACUUGCUACGCUCCUGUGAUUGUGGAGCCCCCUGCAGACCUCAAUGUCACUGAAGGCAUGGCAGCUGAGCUGAAAUGUCGGGCCUCCACGUCCCUGACCUCUGUAUCUUGGAUUACUCCAAAUGGAACAGUCAUGACACAUGGUGCAUACAAAGUGCGGAUAGCUGUGCUCAGUGACGGCACGUUAAAUUUCACGAAUGUAACCGUGCAAGAUACAGGCAUGUACACAUGUAUGGUGAGUAAUUCUGUUGGAAAUACCACUGCUUCAGCUACCCUGAAUGUGACUGCAGCAACCACUACUCCCUUCUCUUACUUUUCAACCGUCACAGUAGAGACUAUGGAACCUUCUCAGGAUGAGGCAAGGACCACAGAUAACAACGUGGGCCCCACUCCAGUGAUUGACUGGGAGACCACCAACGUGACCACCUCUCUCACGCCACAGAGCACAAGGUCGACAGAAAAAACAUUCACCAUCCCAGUGACUGAUAUAAACAGUGGGAUCCCGGGAAUUGAUGAGGUCAUGAAGACUACCAAAAUCAUCAUUGGCUGUUUCGUGGCCAUCACACUUAUGGCUGCAGUGAUGCUGGUCAUUUUCUACAAGAUGAGGAAGCAGCACCACCGGCAAAACCAUCACGCCCCAACAAGGACUGUUGAAAUCAUUAAUGUGGAUGAUGAGAUUACGGGAGACACACCCAUGGAAAGUCACCUGCCCAUGCCUGCUAUCGAGCAUGAGCACCUAAAUCACUAUAACUCCUACAAAUCUCCCUUCAACCACACAACAACAGUUAACACAAUAAAUUCAAUACACAGUUCAGUGCAUGAACCGUUAUUGAUCCGAAUGAACUCUAAAGACAAUGUACAAGAGACUCAAAUCUAAAACAUUUACAGAGUUACAGAAAACAAACAAUCAAAAAAAAGACAGUUUGUUAAAAAUGACACAAAUGACUGGGCUAAAUCUACUGUUUCAAAAAAGUGUCUUUACAAAAAAAACAAAAAAGAAAAGAAAUUUAUUUAUUAAAAAUUCUAUUGUGAUCUAAAGCAGACAAAAUGAUGUGUAUUCCUCAGAACCUGUUUUUGCUGCACUUAUUUACUAUUUUCCCACAUCUCGUCCCUACCUUCCCUGAUUGCCAUAUUUUUCAUAGGAGAUCUCAAUUCCCUGAAGAACUGGUCUAGGAAAUUUUGUAAGAAUUCUGUUAUACUUUAAGAUUUUUAUGGUGAAUUCUAGUGGUGAGAUCCAGUCUAUUUUGUCUUUAUUUUUUUUCCUCCUUUCUUUUUUUCCCCCUCAUGCCCUUAUGAAAUAGUCCAAUGGGGAAUGCAAUAUUAGAAAUAGAUUUUUAAGAAAGAACGAGGAAAAAAAAUGCAAGAUCUUAUAUUUUUCAUGUAAUGACCUGUUCUGUAUUUAUGAGGAGGACCAUUCAAUGGAAAAGAAAAAAAGUAAGCAAACAACAGAUUAAUUUACAUAUGAGCAUCUAUAAAACCCAUGAUCUUUUAAACGACUCUAGAACCAGAAUUUGUAGUUCAAAAGCUAAAAAUAAGAUUAUAAAUAAAAUAUUGUUGGUUUUUCUGUA